AUGAGAUCUGCAGGUUUGGGGGCUUGGGACGCUCAAACCAGACAACUGCAAGAUGCUGUCACAAAUGUGGAGAAGCACUUUGGGGAGCUGUGCCAAAUCUUCGCGGCGUAUGUGCGGAAAACUGCCCGACUGCGAGACAAGGCAGACCUCCUGGUGAAUGAAAUCAACGUGUAUGCCUCCACAGAGACCCCCAAUUUAAAGCAGGGCCUGAAGAACUUUGCUGAUGAGUUUGCCAAACUUCAGGAUUAUCGACAAGCCGAGGUUGAAAGACUUGAAGCCAAAGUAGUUGAACCUUUGAAAGCUUAUGGAGCCAUUGUAAAAAUGAAGCGGGAUGACCUCAAAGCAACGCUAACAGCAAGAAACCGAGAGGCUAAGCAGUUAACUCAAUUAGAAAGGACACGUCAGCGAAACCCAUCUGAUCGACAUGUUAUUUCACAGGCAGAAACGGAAUUACAGAGAGCGACAAUGGAUGCCACCCGAACAACUCGGCAUCUGGAGGAAACGAUUGACAACUUUGAGAAACAGAAAAUAAAGGAUAUAAAGAACAUAUUUUCAGAAUUUAUCACUAUUGAAAUGUUAUUUCAUGGCAAAGCUUUAGAGGUCUAUACUGCUGCCUACCAAAAUAUACAAAAGAUUGAUGAGGAAGAAGAUUUAGAGGUUUUCCGGAACUCCCUGUAUCCACCAGAUUAUUCAUCUCGAUUAGAUAUUGUAAGAGCAAAUUCAAAGUCACCUCUUCAGAGAUCACUGUCAGCUAAGGGUAUAUCUGGAACAGGCCAGGUAUCCACCUGUAGACUCAGAAAGGACCAACAGACAGAUAUUGAUGAUGAAGAUGAUGAAGAACUAGACACUACAGAAGAAAAUUAAUUUUCUUACGACUACUUCUGAUGUCUGCUUCCAUCUUAAAAUGGCUCAGAAUCUAGGAUUACUAAAUUGUAAAGCUUUAUACUAGCCUGAUGGAUGGAACCUCAAAAUGAUAUGCUACAGGAAAUGUAAAAAUAAUUAAAGGAAAUGUAUGCUGACCAAAAAUGAAGGUUUUAAAACAUAUUAGACACCAGCCAUUUCAAUGUCCUGCCUAGUGAUAUGUGAGCUCUUUGUGUAAGUUCCUUUUGUUCAGAUAAUAUAUUUCUAAGUAUUUCAUUUUAAUAAUAUAACACACCUGAAAGGUUGCUGCAAGUGGUGGCCAAAAAAAAAAAAAAAGAGCUAGCAGUUCACUGUGCUGCUUUCAGGAUACCAGAUUUUUAUCACUUAAAAGACCUCCUCUCAGUGAGCUUGGUUAAAUUCAGUUUAUUUUGUGAAGCCCGGAAGAAAAAUAGACCUGAGUUCUUUUUCCCUCCCCUGUAACUGUUACUAAAACAUUACUGCCAUCAUUUGAUCUACAAAUUUACCUUGCAACAAGCAUGGGAUCAGAAUUAUUUAAAAAUAAGACACCACAAUAUCAAUGUUUUGCAAAUAUGCAGAAAGCAUAUAUCUUAGGCUUUUUAAUGUUUUUUAGAAAAGGCAUAUUCAACUUCUAAUUUUAAAACAAAAUUGUUGUCAAACUAAAAGUGUGAUAGAUACAUGGUACAACUCGUGCAAAGCUAAUAUACGUGGUACAACUUGUGGAAUAUUGCCUAAGGAAAUAAGUGUAUGUGGGAUAUAAUAAAUCAUUAAAAAUUCUAUUAAAAUUUUACCCAAUAACCAUCUACUCAAUAAGGGUACACAAGGGGCUUCAGAAAGUUUGUGGAGAAUGGAAUUAAAAGAUAAUGGGAUGUUUCCAUUAAUUUUAAGAAGUCCCCUUGAAUAGUCACUUGUUCCUAAAAAUAUGAAACCAUUGAAUAAGUUCUUUCAGUAUGUCUGAUGCACUUAUUCUUUAAGAAGGGAGACUUUAAUUGGGAUAUUUCACAGCCAGGCAUAUAAAAAUGACGAGAUUUGUGAGUUUUUGGGGGGACAACCUGAGGAUAGAAAAAUACUUUCCAGAAAGCUAUUUUAACUGUCAUUAAUGGUUCUAGUCUUAAAAGCAUUGCUUUCUGAGAAUAAUCCUAAGUAAUAAAAUGACUUCAGUCCUUUUUUUUCCCCUGUAGAAUACUUAAAGCGUUUAAAAACCCUAUAUAAAUGAUGCUCUUAUGGAA